CAUGGACUGUUCACAGCUCGGCCCCAUGAUGCUGGUAUAGCACCAGGCAGCUGCAAACCAGAGGGCCUCCUGCAGGACAUCAUUUCUAGCUGGGGUGUCCUUCAACUCCCCUCUCUUGGCUGAAGCGAUGGAUGCCCACGUGGAUCUCCUGACGGAGCUUCAGCUGCUGGAUAAGGUGCCCACCUUGGAGAGGCUGCGGGCAGCCCAGAAACGGAGGGCUCAGCAGCUGAAGAAGUGGGCGCAGUAUGAGAAGGAGAUGCAACACAAGAAGCGGAAGCAUGAGAAGAAGAGAAGUGCUGUGAACAGAAAGAAAGUAUCUUUUGAAGCCAGUGUUGCUCUGCUGGAGGCUUCUCUGAGAAAUGACUUGGAGGAAGUGUGUUACUUGCUGAAGAGCAACAUCAGCCCGGACCUGUGCAAUGAAGAUGGAUUAACUGCACUGCAUCAGUGCUGCAUAGACAACUAUGAAGAGAUAGUAAAACUUCUCCUCAACCAUGGGGCCAAUGUCAACGCCAAGGAUAACGAGCUGUGGACUCCGCUGCAUGCAGCAGCCACGUGUGGUCAUAUCAACCUGGUGAAGAUCCUCAUCCAGCAUGGCGCAGACUUAUUGGCAGUAAAUGCAGAUGGCAACAUGCCGUACGACCUCUGUGAAGAUGAGCCAACCCUGGAUGUCAUUGAGACUUGCAUGGCCUAUCAAGGAAUUACACAGGAAAAAAUCAACGAGAUGCGGGCCGCCCCGGAGCAGGUCAUGAUCUGUGACAUCCAUGACAUACUGGCGACUGGACAGGACCUGAACAGGACUGAUGCCCAAGGUGCUACGCUGCUCCAUAUAGCUGCAGCCAAUGGUUAUCUGCAUGCAGCCGAAGUCCUUCUUGACCAGGGGGCGAGCCUGGAUGUGAAGGACUGGGAUGGCUGGGAACCUCUCCAUGCUGCUGCUUUUUGGGGCCAGAUGCAAAUGGCUGAGUUGCUUGUAUCCCAUGGGGCCAGCUUGAGUGCCAGGACAUCUUUGGAUGAGAUGCCAAUAGAUCUGUGUGAAGAAGAGGAGUUCAAAGUAUUACUUCUGGAGCUGAAACAUAAACACGAUGUGAUCAUGAAAUCUCAGCUGAGGCAUAAAUCCUCCCUGAGCCGAAGGACCUCCAGCACCGGCAGCCGGGGGAAGGUGGUGAGGAGGGCCAGCCUUUCGGACCGAACAAACCUGUACAGGAAGGAGUGCGAGAAAGAGGCCAUCGUCUGGCAGCAGAUGGGGGCAGCCGAAGAGCAGAGAAACUCGGGCCUCAUUGGAGAAAUCGGGGAGACUCGGUGUGACCAGGAGAAUACGGACCCCAAUUCAGUGCUGGAGAACUCUUCCCUGCUCCCAGAGCUAGCAAACAAAAGCACCCAGUGCGACGUAGAAAUCCCCCUCCAGAACGGCCUCAGGGCAUCUGCCAGCACCUACCCGUACGCCUUUUCCAACGGGGACGUUUGGAACAUGCAGGUUGAGCCCGAGAGCAACCCGGGCCACGUGCUGCCCUACGGCGCGCCGGGGCUGCCCGACCCGCAGCAGCUCUGGGGCGCCUACAAGGAGCACGGCCACCAAACGCUCUCGGAACUGAAGCGGCAGCGCGCGGCAGCCAAGCUCCUCAACCACCCCUUCCUCAGCACCCACUUCGGCAGCGGCGCGGGAGGCGUCGCCGAGAACGGCAGCGAGGCCAAGUCGCACCUGAUCGCAGCCAGGACUUCUCCCUACAGCACCAACGGCACCUCCGUGUAUUACACGGUGUCCAGCGGCGAUCCGCCCCUCUUGAAAUUCAAAGCUCCCAUGGAGGAGAUGGAAGAGAAGGUGCACGGGUGCUGCAGAAUUUCCUAGGCUCGCCUGUUCCUCGCCCCUGAGGAAAGCCAAUGUGGGC